CCUUGACUUGCUGACCACUUUUGCUUCUCUUGUCAUUGACUCGUCUGUCAUUGCUGAGGCCCAGGGAGACGCUCAGCUUCCCAGCUGAGCAGCUCCAGCUUCCCUAGCUCCGCAUCUGAACAUAUUGGAGCAGCUUUACAGCCUCCUGCUCCGUUCAAUUUCAGUACUCUUGGCUUCUGCGAUUGCAGCACAAGUUGGACGUGUUGAUUCUUGCAGAAAGUGCACUCAACACCAACAAGGUUCUUUCUAUGCGAGCAAUGGCAUGGCUCUAGCCGCUAGCUGUCACAUUGCACUUCGAAACUUCUCCAAGCUUCCUUCUCGGAACCACAAGACCACAUUCUGGGCCUUGCAUUCAUCAACUGCACAAUCGCCUGUUGCACCACUGCAAUCGCUGCGCUCAACUUUUCUCCAGCCAAUAGUGAGAUCCAGAGGCAUCCGGCCCCUCACAUUUGUCCAUACAACGCCUGUUUUCAAAAGGGAAUUGCACCAGACUUCUGCUGCAAUGGCGGAGGCCGAAGCAGGGCCCUCUCGUGGGGCAUUCAUCGUUUUGGAGGGCUUGGACCGAAGCGGGAAGAGUACCCAGGUGCAAAAAUUGGUAGAGUAUCUGAAAAGUAGAGGCGUCGAAGCGGAGGCCUGGAGGUUCCCUGACCGGACGACUGCGAUGGGCAAGAUGAUUGCGUCAUACUUGGACAGCAAGAGCGAGCUCGACGAUUGCGCGGUGCACCUGCUCUUCUCUGCCAACAGAUGGGAGAAACGGUCCUUAAUGGAGGCAAAGCUUCGAGAAGGCACCACGCUCAUCGUGGACCGAUACUCCUACUCUGGUGUUGCUUUCACGGCUGCCAAGGGCCUGCCCUUCGACUGGUGUAAAGCUCCUGAGGUCGGCCUCCCGGCGCCGGACGCAGUCCUGUACCUGCAAAUACCCCCGGAAGCCGCGCUGGAGCGUGGCGGGUACGGAGAGGAGCGGUACGAGAAGCUAGACUUCCAGCGGGUCGUGGCGUCCAAGUACGAGCAGCUGCGAGAUGCCACGUGGCAGGACAUCGAUGCGCGAAAGGGUCCAGACGAAGUGCAAGCUGUGCUUCGGCCCAUCGUUGACAGGAUGGUCCAAACAUGUAAACAAGGGAGGCCUUUAAGCCGGCUUUGGCCGUGACCCCAUGACAAAGUUCAUUUCUUUCUUCGCC